AUGGAGGCUGGGACAGGCCCACACUUGCCUGCGGGAUCAUGGCCAGAGUCCUGUCUGGCGUGUUGGCCUGUUGUCAGCUUCUGCACUUUUUUAAUUGUCUUCUCAGACGCACCAAUAAAUCUCUCCGCUGCAACUACGACACCUUUCGUCUAUCAAACUGGUCUUCACGCCUCUGGCCCCUGGCUGCCCCACAGCCUAGCCCGUACACACCUGGAUCCCGGCGAAGGCCCCUCGUGA